AGUAGUAGUAGUAGUAGAAGUAGUAGUAGUAGUAGUAGUAGUAGUAGUAGGCGUUCUUGGGCCCUGGCCUUGGAGCAAUGGGCGUUCGGGCAGCGCCGUGGCAAUCGCCCAGGCGGCCGCGACGGACCCAGCGCCCGGGCGGCUGUGCGCCGCCGCCUCGCCGCCGCGGCCGCUGCCUGGCGGCCCUGGUGCUGGCGGCGACCUGCUGCUGCCUGCCGCGGUGUCUGCCGCGCGGCCACGCCCUUGCGGCCGAGCUCGCGGGGGCCGCGGCGCAGGGGUGGUGGGCGCUGUGCGGCGGCGAGGCCCUGCGGCGUGCGCUGCUGGUCCUCCCGGUCGCGCUCGUGGCCGGCUUCUCCAUGGGCUCGCUCGGGUUCGGGGCUGGCAUCCUGUCCAUCAACGGGAUGGUGUACAUGCCUGGGCUGCGCAUGAGCCAGCUGGAGGCCGUGGCCAACUCCGUGGCGGCCCAGUGCGUCUCGGCCAACGCCGCCGGAGGGCAGUGGCUGCGGAGCGGGUACUGCGACCUCACGGUCGCCGCCUGCUUGGGCAUCUGUGGGCUGCCCGGCGCGGCCCUCGGCGCCCAGCUGGCGCGGGAGCUCUCCGACGCGACCCUGCGGCUGCUGAGCGCGGGCAUGAUGUGCCUGGUGCUAUGUCCGCUGGCGCUGAGCCAGCUGUACACGUCGCGCACCCAGCCCUCUGCACCGCGUGCUGCAAUCGGCGAUGGCGACCCCGAGGGCCGCGGCGACGAGGAGAGCGCAACUUUCCAGGGGAAGAAGUUUCCCAGCGGAGGCUGUCCUGCGGAGCGACCCCCUGCACCGUGCGCUUCGAGCGGCGGCGAUCCUAGAGACCGCGGCGCGGAGGGGAGCGGAGCCUCUCGGGGGAAGACGCGCCCCGGCGGGCACGGCCUGGCGGAGUCGCAGGCGAUCCUCCUGCACUGCGCCGUUGGCGGCGCUGUCGGCGUGGUCACCAGCUGGUGCAAUGAACCAUCGGCAUCGGCGACACCCCGCUCCUGAUGGCAUACCUGUCCAGCCUCGGGCUCCGCCAGAGGACGGUCAUCGGCACCGUGACGGUGGCCCAGGCCCCGACGUUGGCGUGCAGCGCCCUGCUGCACAUGCUGGCCGGGCACUCCGUGCCCUCCGUGGGGGUUGCGGUCGCCGCCGGGAUGAGCCUCGGAGCUUCGUGCGGGGCAAGGGUUUCGGCUUACAGCCGCGUUGACGACACUGUCCUGCAGAUGGCCUUCGCCGCCUUCGUGUUCGCUGUGGGCGGGGCGACCGUCUGGGCAACCUGCACGGCGCAGUAGACCCCUUGAUCACGGGCCGAGGAGGAUUAUGCGAAGGGGGAAAGAACACAAACGCGUUCGCAGUGACGGGGCGACUGGUUGGGUGACCUGUACGGCGCAGCAGUUCCACCGCCCAGGGGCCGCGAAUUUAUCGUGGAGCACGCGCUCGCGGGAGCCCCCCGCAGCACAGCCUGGGCGAUUUGCGCAGUGCAUUCUUUAGUUUUUUCCGCCCAGAGGCUACGAGGCCUGUCGGCUUGUUUUGCUCGACUGUGCCACUGUGGUUCUUCAUCAGCCUUCGUGCACUGCAGACGUUUUGCCUGCCAAGCUCCAAUCCACCGGGGCUGGUGCUCCAAGCCAAGCACCACUUCGGCAAUUUCUGGAAGGCAUGCAGUAAGGUGGCGGCUCACGAGAUGCCGCAUGGCCUGGCAUAAAGCACGCGCCCGCGGGCGACCCCCGCGGGCGGCAGGCGGGGCCGUGCGGCCAGCUGGCCACUGGGGCUCGCGCCUGGAGCGCGCGACCCGCGGAGAGUUGGCGACCCCUCUGGCGGUGACCUCUUUUAUUUUGUCCAAAGAGGUGCGGCAGGCUCUUGCCGCUAACGACCGCUCGCGUACCGACCGCUCGCGGGGACGCCGGCGAGGGCGCUCGAGACGGAAGGGCCGAAGCGUUAGGUUUUAAGGCCGCUGUUUUAAAGUGUCACGGCCACCUGUUCCAAUUGGCUUAGUCGCGAAGUUUUCAAGUUUACUUUGGAUGUGACGUGUUUAUGCAUGCUGGGGGAUGUUGCGCUGGAUGCGCGAUGUCCUGCUCAUCGGUCAUAUUUCCAAAGUAAGUUCUAGUUGUCAAGCUGGCUAUUCUAGUACGGCAAGAAACGCCCAAUAUUAGGAUUAGCAGGGUCCCCGCUCCUCUCACCCACGACGCAUGAGCUCUCCAGCGCCCAGGGCCUCGGCCCCGUGUGCGCCUCGCGCGCACGCGGCGCGCUGCCCGGCGCCACCGCCCGCGGGGGGCGCUCUCCACGGGCCUGCCGCCGGGGAGGAGCGGCAGCGACGUCCGCCGGGGCCGCCCGGGGGCCGGAGAAAGCGCACUUUUCGG